GAUCCCCGGGGGACUUGGAGCCUCAGCAUUCCUCUCAUUCCUCCCUCGCAACAAUCAGCCUGUGAGGCUUUAUGAGCCACACUCACUCAGUCUGCUCACAGGCGCGCUCACACUCGACACGCGCCCGUGGACUUCAUUCGCGCACUCCACGAGCUUUUCCGGGGGCUUCUUUUUCUUGGGAAUUUGAAGUGUUCUUCUUUGUGGGAUGAGAUGAAGAUCUGGUGUGUUUUCCUUCAGAGUCCUUGUGAUCAGUGCUGUCCCUCAAGUCCCACCACCCAGGCCGGCCCGCCUUCUUGGACAUGAGAACCGCCGAGGCCGCCCCCGGGACGGUCCUGCACCGCCUCAUCCAGGAGCAGCUACGCUUCGGGAAUCUGACCGACACUCGGUCCCUGCUUGCCAUCCAGCAGCAGGCCCUGCGAGGUAGCGGGAGUCCACGUUCUUCCCAGGAGAGCCUGACCCAAGACGAGUGCCAGUACAUGCACGUGUCCACACGGCAGGACCCUCAAGGCCAGGAAUACCAGGGAAGCUGCGUUCAUCCAGAAAACCCCUCGAGGAUUUCCUUCCACGGGGAGGAGCUGCCCACCUACGAGGAGGCCAAAGUGCAUUCGCAGUACCUGAAAGGGGAGCCGGACUCCGCUGUGGACGUGCACUGGGAUGCCAAGCGGGAGCACGCCCGCUCCCUCAGCGAGCGGCUAAUGCGGCUCACCCUGGAAGGGGGCUCGCCACUCGGAAACAUCCCGGCUGUGAGCGCCUCGCAGAGUUUUCCACAGUUGUACAACGCCGUCGCUCCAAGUCAAGGGGACCAGCGAGGGCCCCCGCCGGCGUACCCGCCCCAGGAGCGGGAGAUGUACUUCCGGGAACCUACGCUGCCACCGUUCUAUUCUCAGCACAGGAACGGCAUCGUUCCCGCAAGGGCGACGUCCGGGGACGAGGGCGACACCCUGAGGUGGGAGAACUGGAGACUGAGGCGGGAAGUGGACAUCUACGCAGAGAAGGCCGCACGCCUGCACAAGCUGGAGAACGAGAUCGCCAGGAUCUCGGAGGAAUACGAGACUCUGAUGAAAGGCUCGGCCAAGCGUGAAGCGCUGGAGAAGACCAUGAGGAACAAGCUGGAGGCCCAGAUAAAAAGGAUGCACGACUUCAACCGGGAUCUCAAAGAACAAGUGUGCGCGGCAGCCAGGAAAAGAGCGGACAAGGAAGCGGAAUGCUCGGAACAAAAGCAGCACGUCUUCCUCAAGCUACUCGAACAAAAUGAGGAGCAGCAGCGCGAGCGCGAGCGCCUGGAGAGAUCCAUCCAGAACCUGCGGCUGUCGGCGGAGGAGAGCCAGCGUGGGCGCGAGCUCCUGGAGGAGGCUCUGCUCUCGGCGCACGCCCGCAACCGGCAACUGGAGGACGAGCUCCACAGGAAGCGCGCCUACGUGGAGAAAGUGGAACGCCUCCAGAGCUCACUGGGCCAGCUGCAGGCAGCGUGCGAGAAGCGAGAAGAGCUGGAGAUGCGACUGCGCACCCGCCUCGAGCAGGAACUCAAAAGCCUGCGGGUGCAACAGAACCAGAUCUCGGGACCGCCGGCUUCCGAGCCGAGCUCCGAGCUGUCGCAGCAGCAGCAGUUGCGGGAACGCGAGGAACGUAUCCUGGCCUUGGAAGCAGACAUCACCAAAUGGGAACAGAAGUAUCUCGAGGAGAGCACCAUGAGACAGUUUGCCAUGGAUGCCGCCGCCACGGCAGCGGCGCAGAGAGAUACCACCAUCAUCAACAACUCGCCCCGGCAUUCGCCCGACAGCAGUUUUAACGAGGACCUGCCUCUGACCAAUCCCAGACAUCAGGAGAUGGAGAACAGGAUCCGAGCCCUUCACGCACAGCUCCUGGAGAAGGAUGCCAUGAUUAAAGUCCUCCAGCAACGCUCCAGGUGGGAGCAGUGCAAACUGGAGAAACAAGGUCUUCGGCUGGCCAGGUCCGUCCCGUCCAUCACCGCGGCGACCGGCAGUACCGAGACUAAAGGAAAGAGCCUCUCGGAUGACCAGACAGGUGGUGCCGCGUUGCGACGCAAGAGUGCCAGCCGGGACUCCAGCACCCAAUGUGACCAACUCGAGGUGAAGCCAUCCAAGGACUUGGCGUUACCCGCUUCUGACACUUCAGAGGAAGCCGAGCUGGGAGGAGUCCAACCCUCGGAGAGCGUCAACAACGCAAUUGACUCAGACAUGGUGGAGAUCCUCAUUUAAGGGUGCCCAGAAAUGUUGCCGUAUCUUAUUUAUUUCCCCAUCUUGUCAUCGCUGCUCGUUUCAAUCGUGUUCCCCUUUAAGCUAAAUAAUGUCUUUGUCUAAUUUAAAAUCACGGGAGUGAUUCUCGAUGUUCUUGGUGGUGGCAUCCGGUGUGUUUGAGGGUUGUCCUGUGUGACAGGACAACGUACGUAUAUUUAACUUUAUUUAUCUUUGCGGAUGAAGCGUUUACAAACCUCUGAAUGCGGAGAACGGCUUUCGAAGAUCCAGACCGAAACAACGUACUCGGUCGUCGUGUUUGUCGCCAUCUUGUCUGCGUC